AUGGCGGACCCUGACGGCUUCGCGGCGUUGUCCUCGCCUGGCAUGGACCCGCCGGACCUCAAGCUGCCAGAUGAGGCGGCCUACGUCAACAACAUCUACUCCAUCUACGCAGCCCUCACCAUAAAUUCUGCAAUUGGCGGUGCAUGCCUGGUGCUGUUCCUGAUCUUCAGGGCGUUCAUGCCGCAAUACCAGCUACGCAGCGUGCUCAACUGUGUCACAAUCAAGCCGCCACCUCUCCCUUCCGGCCUGGGCCGCCUUUUCGGCUGGGUCGUGCCGGUGCUGACAACCAGUGACGUGUGGCUGCUGCACAGUGCGGGCCUGGACGCUCUGGUGCUGGCCAAGACUCAGGCCCUGUGCAUCCAGCUGUUCCUGCCCAUCACUGUCAUUGGCUGCUGCUUUCUGAUGCCCCUGCAGCUGUCAGAGGCAUUUGAGAAAGGCGACACCACCUUCAGCCGCUUGACCAUGGCAAACAUCUCACCCGGGUCCAAGAUCAUGUGGGCGCACUGGGUGUGCACAUUCGUAUUUCUGGGCUGGACAAUGGUGCUGCUGGAAUGGCACUUCCGUGAGUACGUAUCUUUGAGGCAGUUUUACUUGCGGGGUGGUGACGGGUGGAACUACUGGCGCGAGCUGCACAUGGCCGAGGCCGACGGCGUGGACGUGCACACCCGGUCAAAGUUUGCGGCAGUGGUGGAGGUGGCCAAGAUGGAUGGGAUACUCAAGGUUUGCGCCAGGAAGCGGUGGGGAGACGAUUUUGCUGAGGCUCUGGCAGCCAGUGAUAGGGCUGCUGCAUGA